AUGCCCAGAGGCAGCAGAUGUCCAACGGCAGCUCCAUCACCCAGUUCCUGCUCCUGCCAUUCGCACACACACGGGAGCUGCAGCUCUGCCACUUCUGGCUCUUCCUGGGCAUCUCCCUGGCUGCGCUCCUGGGCAACGGCCUCAUCAUCACCAGCACAGCCUGUGACCAGCACCUCCACACCCCCAUGUACUUCUUCCUCCUCAACCUCUCCCUGCUGGACCUGGGCUGCAUCUCCACCACUGUCCCCAAAUCCAUGGCCAGUUCCCUCUGGGACACCGGGGCCAUCUCCUACACAGGUUGUGCUGCACAGCUCUUUUUCUUUCUCUUCUUCAUCUCAGCAGAGUAUUUUCUCCUCACUGUCAUGUCCUACGACCGCUACGUGGCCAUCUGCAAGCCCCUGCACUAUGGGACCCUCCUGAGUAGCAGAGCUUGUGUCCACAUGGCAGCAGCUGCCUGGGGCAGUGGCUUUCUCACUGCUCUUCUGCACACGGCCAAUACAUUUUCACUACCCCUCUGCCGAGGCAAUGCUGUGGAGCAGUUCUUCUGUGAAAUCCCCCAGAUCCUCAAGCUCUCCUGCUCACACUCCUACCUCAGGGAAGUUGGGCUUCUUGUGGUUGCUGUCCUGAUUGUUAUUGGCUGUUUUGUUUUCAUUGUGGGGUCCUAUGUGCAGAUCUUCAGGGCCGUGCUGAGGAUGCCCUCUGAGCAGGGACGCCACAAAGCCUUUUCCACGUGCCUCCCUCACCUGGCCGUGGUUUCCCUCUUUGUCAACACUGCUGUCUUUGCCUACCUGAAGCCCCCCUCCAUCUCCUCCCCAUCCCUGGACCUGGUGGUGUCAGUGCUGUACUCGGUGGUGCCUCCAGCAGUGAACCCCCUCAUCUACAGCCUGAGGAACCGGGAGCUGAAGGAUGCUGUGAGGAAGCUGGUGAAUGGAUGGGUUUCAGCAACCAUAUACUGCUUCCUUUACCCUGCAAAGGGCUUCCAUUUUCCCCUCAGCAAUGACAAGGUGCAGGUUCUGUCUUUGAAUGAUUUCCUUGGAGAAAGGAACAAGAGAAACCACCCUGCUGCCUGGGAACUGGGAGCCUCUUGGACACUGAUGGCCUGGGAAAACUGGACUACGGUGACAGAGUUUGUUUUAAAGGGGUUCACAGAUUGCCUCGACUUCCAGGUUACUUUUGUGAUUUUCCUGCUCAUCUAUGUCACCACUGUGAUAGGAAACCCUGGCAUCCUUGCUGCAGUCUGGCUCGAUUCCCAGCUUCAGAGCCCCAUGUACUUCUUCCUCAGCCACUUGUCCUUCUUGGAUCUGUGCUACUCCUCCAUGGUGACACCCAAAAUGCUGCUGAACCUCUUGUCUGAAAGGAAGACUAUUUCUUUUGCUGGCUGCUUCCUACAGCUCUAUAUCUGCUGUUUUGCAAUCACAGAGUGCUACCUCCUGGCUGGGAUGGCGUAUGACCGCUAUGUUGCCAUCUGCAACGCCUUGCAUUAACCCAUCCUCAUGUCCAAGAAGGUCUGUGUUUCCUUCUUAGCUAGGUCCUAUGCAGUUGGGCUUUUUAAUUCAGCCGUCUUCACAGGCUUUGCAUUGAGGGUGUCCUUCUGUGGCCCCAAUGUCAUUGACCACUUCUUCUGCGAUGGGCCACCACUCUCAAAGUUGGCUUGCUCUGAUACUUCCCUCAACCAAGUGUUGCUGUUUGCUUUUGGGGGCUUCAGUGAGGUCACCACAAUAUCAGUCAUCCUCAUCUCCUAUGGCCACAUCCUCUUCACCGUCAUGAGGACAGGCUCUGUGCUGGGCAAAGCUUUUGGUACCUGUGCAUCCCACCUAGUGGCUGUCACCAUCUUCUAUGAGACCCUUAUCUUCAUGUACCUACGGCCCAGCUCCAGCUACAACGUGGGCAGGGACAAAAUAGUUUCUGUCUUUUACACCAUGGUGACCCCAAUGUUGAACCCUUUCAUCUACAGCCUGAGGAGCAAGGAGGUAAAGAGUGCUCUGAAGAGAACAGUGGGGAGAACGAUUACUUCCCUGCCAAAGUCGUAA